AUGUGGGUACUUCUUCUAGGAGUCAGGACAGGAAGAGGCACAGGGAUGUUUCAUUGUUUUCUCGGGAGCAGCGGACGGCAGGUGCUACUCCUAUUGUUGGUGCUUCUUCAUAAUCUUCUAAGUGGAGUGUGGUGUGUUAUCACUCGGGGAAUACUUGCGAGUUCUGUAGCGGGGGAUACCUGCGAGUUUGGGUGUGACAGGAGAUGCCUGCACACAGUUGUUCUGGUAACGGGGGCUACCCGUGAGCUUGGACAGAUGCUUGUGCACUUUGUGCAAUGUCAGUAUAGUACUUGGGCCAUGAGCAUGGGGAAACACCAAUCAUUUGUUCCCUAUGCUGCUGUUCUCCUCUUGUGCAUGCACAUGCCUUUGUUAUAUAAUGCUUCUCCCACCACCCCCAUGUUUGAAAGACGCGAGGCAGAUCGGCUAGCAUUGCUUGACAUCAAGGCGAAGAUGACUGAUGAUCUUAUGCUGCAGGUCACUAGUUCAUGGAAUGACUAUCUCUAUUUCUGCCAAUGGCAUGGUGUUUCAUGUGGCUGCCGCCAUCAAAGAGUCACCGUCUUGAACUUGCAAUCCUCCAAUUUGGUUGAUUCCAUAUCACCUUCCAUUGGAAACCUUAGUUUCCUCAGAAUUAUAAAUCUCUCAAACAACACCAUCCACGUACGAAUCCCUCAUGAAAUCGGUUUAUUAUUUAGGCUGCAAAUUCUGAAUUUGGCCAACAACUCAUUGGAGCAACAAAUUCCAGCCAGCCUCUCACUCUGUUCUAACCUGAGAGUUCUUGCUAUAGGAAACAUCAAGCUCAUAGGGAAACUUCCGGUGGAGCUUGGGUCCUUGUCUAAGCUGGUGACCCUACACGUCUUGUCCAACAAUUUGACAGGAGCCAUCCUACCUUCUUUUGGGAACCUUUCAUCUCUUGAAGCUCUUCAAAUGGGAAACAAUAUACUUGAAGGAAGUAUCCCUGACUCGCUAGGCCAACUGAAAAGUUUAACACUUAUUGUGAUAGAGGGGAAUGAGCUAUCUGCGAAUAAUCAACUUGAAGGAAGUCUUCCUCAGAAUUUAGGACUCACUCUUCCUAAUCUUCGACGACUUAGUAUUUGGGAAAACAAAUUUAAUGGAUUCAUUCCAGCUUCACUGUCAAAUGCUUCAAAUCUUGAAUUGCUAGAAAUCUCUAUGAACAGAUUUUCUCGUGGGAUGUCUAUCAAAUUUGGAAAACUAAAGGUCCUGCACUGGCUUGGCAGCAAUAAUUUUGUAGGGGCGUUGCCUAGUUCCAUAGCCAGCCUGUCAAACAAACUCGAAUAUUUUUCAAUGGGAGGAAAUGGAAUAUCUGGAAAUAUUCCAACAGGCAUUGCAAAUCUCCAAAGCAUCAGGUUUCUAAAUAUGCAUCACAAUCAAUUAGAAGGAAAUAUUCCAGCCUCUAUUGGACUACUUCAUAAAGUACAAGAAAUGGGUUUUGGUGAAAUUCCUAGCAGUCUUGGUAGCUGUUCAAGUUUCAUACGCCUUCUCAUGCACUAUAAUUCCUUUGAAGGAGCCAUUCUAGGGUCUUUGAGUUCUCUGAAAGCCAUUGAAGAAUUGGACCUUUCACACAACAACCUCUCCGGUGAAAUUCCAAAAGAUCUAGGGAUCAUUCGCUUGUUGCGGAAUUUAAAUCUUUCUUUCAAUGAUCUUAAGGGUGAGGUACCUACAAGAGGAGUUUUAGUGAAUGCAAGUGCGAUUUCAAUCUAUGGAAACAAAAGGCUUUAUGGAGGCGUACCUGCAUGA